AGAGGUUCUAGGGGCAGCCGGCGCGCUUCUCUAGUUGCAGCUUGGGCGGCUCCUGUGGUGGGCGGCUAGGGGCGAGCCGGGAUGGGCUAUAGACGCGCGACGUGAUCAGUUCGCACGCGGACCCACGCCUCCCAUCGCUCUGCCUCAAGAGCCUAUUCUGUGGGUGCAGGCACGCACCGGACGCAGACCCGGCCGGAGCAUGCGGGGUGCGGUGUGGGCGGCCCGGAGGCGCGCGGGGCAGCAGUGGCCUCGGUCCCCGGGCCCUGGGCCGGGUCCGCCCCCGCCGCCACCGCUGCUGUUGCUGCUACUACUGCUGCUGGGCGGCGCGAGCGCUCAGUACUCCAGCGACCUGUGCAGCUGGAAGGGGAGUGGGCUCACCCGAGAGGCACGCAGCAAGGAGGUGGAGCAGGUGUACCUGCGCUGCUCCGCAGGCUCUGUGGAGUGGAUGUACCCAACUGGGGCGCUCAUUGUUAACCUACGGCCCAACACCUUCUCACCUGCCCAGAACUUGACUGUGUGCAUCAAGCCUUUCAGGGACUCCUCUGGAGCCAAUAUUUAUUUGGAAAAAACUGGAGAACUAAGACUGUUGGUGCGGGACAUCAGAGGUGAGCCUGGCCAAGUGCAGUGCUUCAGCCUGGAGCAGGGAGGCUUAUUUGUGGAGGCGACACCCCAACAGGACAUCAGCAGAAGGACCACAGGCUUCCAGUAUGAGCUGAUGAGUGGGCAGAGGGGACUGGACCUGCACGUGCUGUCUGCCCCCUGUCGGCCUUGCAGUGACACUGAGGUCCUCCUUGCCAUCUGUACCAGUGACUUUGUUGUCCGAGGCUUCAUUGAGGACGUCACACAUGUACCAGAACAGCAAGUGUCAGUCAUCUACCUGCGGGUGAACAGGCUUCACAGGCAGAAGAGCAGGGUCUUCCAGCCAGCUCCUGAGGACAGUGGCCACUGGCUGGGCCAUGUCACAACACUGCUGCAGUGUGGAGUACGACCAGGGCAUGGGGAAUUCCUCUUCACUGGACAUGUGCACUUUGGGGAGGCACAACUUGGAUGUGCCCCACGCUUUAGUGACUUUCAAAGGAUGUACAGGAAAGCAGAAGAAAUGGGCAUAAACCCCUGUGAAAUCAAUAUGGAGUGACUUGCAGGGUGACACAGUACUGUUGUCCUUCAGAUGAGCCAUGUUUUGUGGGCUCAGUCGCUCUAUCAUAUCCUGAUAGAGAUUGCAGACUGGUGGCAUGGGCCCAGCCUGGUGCUAGAACUGGGAAGGUACAUGCUGCUCUGACCCCUUAGGUCCCAGCCAAGGAUGCCCUGACCCAUUGGAACUGCUGUAAAAUGCAAACUAAGUUAUUAUAUUUUUUUUGUAAAAGAUGCCUUGGUGUGCCAUUUAAUAGUGUUUUUACAAAGUUAUUUUCAGGCAUUGGAUUUGGCCUGGUAUAUUGGUGGGAGCUAGGUUAUGGUGUGCAGUGAUGGCUAUGGCUCAGCCUUGUUAUUCCUGUGAUGGAAAUGUAUGGAGCAAAUACUUUCUAAUUUCCCCUUCAUUUUAUUUUCUAUUUUAAAAGACCAUCUUUGCCGUUGAGAACCUUUCCAGACUGUAUGGAGGCUGCUCCCAUUCCAGGGAGUAAAGACCAGGAUCUGAGACUAGUAUUACAUCCAUCUUAACCCAUCAGAUGGGUACCUGCAUUGAACCUUCUCUGCUCAGCUAUGGCCUGCUGUCCCAAAGACCUUUUGCUCUCUGGACAGUUCCAGAUGGUGCUGCCUGGCUUAAGGGACUUGUUCCUCCCUUGCUCCUACCAGGCCACUGUUGCUUUCUGCAUCUGUCCCACUGAACCAGUCUUGUCCUUUGACCCUGAGUUUCCCCAAAUGCACACAUCAAAUCCCUGAAUACCAAGGGACUAACCUACUUAAUGGCCCAUUUCUUCAGAGGGUGUGGGUUUUCCCUAUAGUAAGAAAAUCUCCACAAGUUGAAGCUUAAACAGUAGGCUUUCGUUCAUACAGUCCUGGAAGCCAGAAUGGGUGUGAGCAGAAUCACAUUUCCUCCGGAGACUCCAGGAGGGACUUUAUAGCUUCUGGUGACUCCAGGAAUCCUUGGCUUGUAACAAUUUCACUCUGGCAUUGCUUUCCCUGCCAUGUGACUUCUGCCUUGUAUGUGAGGGCCUGUAUCAAAUCUCUGUCUUGGGAGGAUACAGAUCAUUGACUUAGGGCCCACUCCGGUGACCUCACCUUCACCUGAAAUUUACUCGAUUUCCAUUUAGGUCAGAGGCAAAGGCUACAAAAAAUAUCAAAUCCGGAGAAAGAUUCAAUGGUUAGGCACUUGCUACUCUUACAAAGGACCUGUGUUCGAUUCCCAUGUUGGGAACUCAUGUUAGGUGGCUUAAAAUUGCCUAUAACUACAAUUCCAGGGGAUCUAGCAACCUCUUCUCGCCACACACAAGCACACACACACACACACACACACACACACAAUUAAAAAC